AUGGAACGUGAUUUUUUAGCAUUAAAAGCAAAUCAACUACAAAUGAAAGUUGAUAUGCUAAAAGACUUUUCCGAUCCAUCCAAAACAAGCGAACAAAUAUUUGAUAAAUUAGUAAAUUAUAUUGAAAUAACAUCGCCUGAGAAUAAUCUUGAAUUAUUAUUAUGUCAAUUUGAAUAUUUAAAGUCUCUAUGUCAACACCAACAUCGAUCUCUUGCAGGAAAGAAUCUUCGACCAUUAUUAAAAAUAAUGUUUCGUAUAUUAUCAAAAAAUUCAAUUGAUGAAAUCCUGUUAAAUAUUGUUAACGCUUGUUUAGUGCAAUUAGUUGUGUUGGAUAUUGUUGAUUUUAAAUUAUUGAUCGAAACAUUAUUUGAAUAUUCAAAAUCAAACAACAAUAAUGAUGAUGAUGACAACAAUCAGUUGCAACAAUGGGCCAAACAUAUUUCUGAUAUUGUAUGGAAAACGAAUAAAGUUGGAUGUUUAAAAGUGUUGCACGCCAUUAUUUUAGACAAACGAAACGAUAAAUAUAAUCGAAAUUUGUCAUAUGAAUGUCUUAAGGAAUUAGCAAGAAGCAAAGAAAAUAUGGAUGAUCGAGCAAAAGAAAUUCUUUUAGAACUUUUUUGUGAUAUUCAACUCAAAUUAGAUUGCUCAUUUGAUUAG